AUGUCUGGACGUGGCAAGGGAGGAAAGGUGCGUGCCAAGGCUCGGUCCCGGUCGGUCCGCGCUGGAUUGCAGUUUCCCGUGGGUCGGAUUCACCGGUUGCUGCGGAAGGGAAACUACGGUGAACGCGUCGGAUCGGGUGCCCCGGUGUAUCUCGCUGCGGUGAUGGAAUACCUGGCGGCGGAAAUUCUCGAACUCGCCGGAAAUGCCGCCCGGGACAACAAGAAGACGCGAAUCAUCCCGCGCCAUCUGCUGUUGGCCAUCCGGAACGACGAGGAGCUGAACAAGUUGCUGUCCCACGUGACCAUCGCCCAGGGAGGAGUACUGCCGAACAUUCAGGCGGUGCUGCUGCCGAAGAAAACGGAGAAGGCGCCUGUGGCAGCCUCUGAGUAGAGCGAGAGAGAGAGAGAAGAGUCCAAUCAACGCAAACAAACCGUCCUUUUCAGGACGACUAAAAUAUUCACGAAAGAGUAUUCUUGAUUAUCCUAGCUGGAAUAACAUUUGAAAAUGGUGUAUGGAUGGUUCAGAUUUGAAACCAUUCUUGAAAAGUUGUGUUUUGACAGCUACUUUUCUCGUUCAUCUUAUCGGAUAACUACUUA